GUCUUUUCUAAGGCAGGAAGUGAUGAUAAAGAAAUACAACCCACGAGUAAAUCUUGAAAAUGAGUAAAAGUAAGAUUUAACGUGGGUUAGAGAUAAACAGAAAAAUAUGCGUGUUCAUAUAUUUCCUAAUCAUUGUACGUGCUCACUUUAAGCAGAAACCUGACGCGUUCCUCGCUUUAAUGGUGUGUGUACACACACACACACACACGAGCGCAAGACGGACAUGAUGAGACGCGUUUGCACAGCGGAUCAGUCAACUGCAUUAAACCCCAACAGCUUUAUUUCUGUAUGAAAGGAGCAGACAAAAAGUGAGCAAGAUAGAGGCAUCAGUCACAUACUAUCAAAUGAAGAACCUUUUCCCAGCCCUCCAUCCUGUAUCAUAAAAACAGAAGAAAACAAAUAUUCUAAAACAGCCUUUCCCUUUCACUUAACUUUGCCUGUCCUAAUCGCCUCCCACUUGCCCCCUCCUUUUCCUCUGUGACUGUUCCCUCUGGUGGUGUACAGUAGUCAGGCCCUGUCAUGCUCAGGGCGUGACCCCUUGGGUUUCCUUCUCCUCCUCCAUCAUGAAGUUGAAGCAGCGUGUGGUGGUGCUGUGCGGUGUGCUGCUGCUGCUGGGCCUGGCCAAGCUCUUCCUGCUGGAUGGAGGCGAAGGCUCAGCUGCCAGCCGCCGUGACCUGCGUGCCUUCCGGAAGAUGGAGGCAAGCCUAGCUCUGGCCAAGAAUGCCCGCCUCACACACACGUUGCAGUCACCUUGGGAGGUGGCAGCACAGUGGGUGGGGCCACGCGAGGUCUACCCAGACGAGACACCUGAGCUGGCCGCUGUGCUCAGCGCCCUGGUCACCGCCCGUAUCCAAAGGGCCGACGUCGGCUACAAAGGCACCCAACUGAAAGCACUUCUGGUGCUGGACGGAGGACAGAAGGUGGUGUUCAAGCCCAAGAGGUACAACAGAGAUUAUGUGGUUGAAGGAGAGCCCUAUGCAGGCUAUGACAGACAUAAUGCAGAGAUCGCUGCCUUUCACCUAGAUAGGAUCCUGGGCUUUAGGAGAGCACCUCUAGUGGUGGGGCGAUUUGUGAACCUGCGCACAGAGAUAAAGCCAGUUGCCACAGAGCAGCUAUUGAGCACGUUCCUCAUGCACGGGAAUAAUACCUGCUUCUAUGGGAAGUGUUACUACUGCCGGGAGAGUGAGCCUGCAUGUGCUGAGGGUGACAUAAUGGAGGGAUCAGUGACACUCUGGCUCCCUGACGUCUGGCCACUGCAGAAACACAGACAUCCAUGGGGACGCACAUAUAGAGAGGGCAAACUCGCCAGGUGGGAGUAUGAUGAGAGUUACUGUGAAGCAGUGAAGAAGAUGCCUCCGUACGAUGCCGGGCCACGCCUCUUGGACGUGAUUGACACGUCUGUUUUUGAUUACCUAAUUGGCAACGCAGAUCGGCAUCACUAUGAGAGUUUCCAAGACGACGGCGGAGCCAGCAUGCUCAUUCUACUGGACAAUGCUAAAAGUUUUGGGAACCCAGCUUUAGAUGAAAGAAGCAUUCUGGCUCCUCUCUAUCAGUGCUGCAUGGUACGUGUGUCCACCUGGAAUCGAUUGAACCUGCUGAAGGGUGGAGCUCUGAGUUCAGCGAUGCGUCAGGCUAUGGCCCACGACCCUGCCUACCCAGUUCUGACUGAGCCUCACCUCGCUGCCCUCGACCGGCGUCUCAGCGGCAUCAUAGCCAGCAUACGCCAGUGCAUAGAGAUGCAGGGAGCAGAGAGCACACUUAUUGAAGACCGCAUGAACCUGCCUCAUCCCUAAACACAUCAGAGGGGGAGGGGGGGGGGUGCUGCCUGUCGGUGCAGACUCAUACCAUUAGAGGCUCACUUCCUGCAUUUGCAGCAUUGCAAAGAGAACUUAAAAGCUCUGGGAAGUAACCUCAACCCAAGCAGGAAGUUGUCUCAUAACUCAUUAACAUUGAAGACCCUGUCUUCUCCACAAACCAAAAAUGAUAUUUCCUCAAACUUACACACACACUCUAAUCUAAUAUUUUUCUCUUCCAUAUUUCCUAAACAUGCAUCACACAUUAGGAGUACAUUCACCCACUCCCUUGCAACAUUCUUACUUGGCCUUGUAAUAUAUUUCUUUCUAUGAAUUUCUCUCUCUUGCUGGUUACCAAGUGGCCUGUAACGUUGAACAUGCCUGGGCCUGUUUGGGAUCAGGGACCUUCCACAGCAGCUUUGGGGGGUGUUCACAGGCCUGGGCUGCCCCGUACUGUGUGUCAAGGGCAGCACCAGUGAAAUUUUGUCACUAACCUCACAAAGCAUUAACAGACUAUCCGGGGAGAGCCUGUCUACAAACAGAUUGUACAUAAGCAACUAUUUAAAGACGAUCUUGAUAAACAAAUGAAUGGUUUUAAUGUUUUAAAAGAUGAUAUUGAGAGUAACUAUGCAGGUUUGCCUGCUUUAAAAUGUACAGUAUGAUUUCUGGACAUAAACGGGUAGUGGGUGGAAGAAGCUGCUACUGAAGCUCAAAAAUAAGACGGGGAGAAUGAUCGCAUGGAACGCGACGAGAGAGAUCUUGACAUUUAUCCACAAAGCAUCACUGUGGCUUCAGGUUUUCAUCCAAGGCAAAUAGGAGACCUAACAGUGAUUUAAAGACCAAGAGCAUCUAAUUAAACAAUGUGAAUCUGGUGUCACUCCUUGUUUGGACUGAAAGGCUAGGGCUAGAUCAACCAUUUCCUGAUAAGAUUGAGGGUCCCUGCUGUGUGAAGAUCUUUUGAACAUUAAAUCGAAUUAAAAUUCGGUGGUUUCCUCAUUUACAAGAUAUUUUUACAAGAAAAUUUCUACCUCAUCGAUUUAUCAGUUUUCAUUAACUGUUUAAUAGUUGGUAGAGGUCUUACAUGGUCAUAAUGACUUAAAAUAGUAUAAGUUGUUUGAUGCAGGUGAUAAUUGAAGUAUUUAUUAUAUGAGAACAUGACUGUGCUAUUUAUCUGUCCCACCUAGGGGCAAUGGUUAGCAUGUUCUACUGGUUCUAUAUGUUUUCUGUUAUGGUUGCUGACCUCAUUAAGGCACUUUCACUCAAAUUACUGGAAACAUAUGUCAUGUUUUCAUUAUGUUCAUGACUGAGACUGAAACCUGAGAAGGUUAGUUGUUUGGUCUCUAAAUAUUUCUUAUCCGAUUAUAGGAUUUAUUCAAACCACUUGGCUGCCCUGAAUAUCACAUAAUAUCUAGAGCUUGGUCUGUUUUCAAAGCGGGCUAUGGAAUUUCCAAACUGUCUUCCGACAGCGAAUCAUCUCCUUACUUUGCCCCUCAGUCAUCUCUGAAUUGAAUCGGCUGCACAAAUGACUGAAGCCUCAGCCACGCUUGCUCACUUCUGAACUCUCAUAUCUGUUUUCCCUCUCACUCCAGAUGCGUGUUAUGCUGAGAGCAAGAUCAGCUGCUGGUAGAGGCAUUACAUUAUGCUUUGAAUGGGGUCAUUACCGUUCCUGCAGCUUGUGCUGUAAAUAGGCAUUUCGACUGUAAGAGGGACUGCCCUGUGGCCUCUCUAACCCACUGCUGGUAUUUGUGUUUUAGUGUGUCAUUCUUUGAGGUGCCAUGACCUAUACUGUAUGUGUUCGUAUAAGUCCUGGUUGGAGGAGGUGUUCGUGUGUGUGUGUGAACGUUCAAAAUGAGUAAACCUAAACAAACUUGUAGGCUUUCCCGACUUUUAAAAGUGCAGAUGGCAUUUCAUAUGCAUUAUGUUGAAUGAAUAAGUGUGGCAUACAAUGCAGCAUCAUCCUGUAUGUAAAUUUUGCUAAACUGUCUCUCAUACUUCUAGUCCUGGAGAGCGACGGUACAGUUCGCACCUGUCCUGUGUGGGAGGAGUUUAGAAUAAAUGCAGAAGUCCUCUGAGUUAUGGGCAUCUGAAAAUUAUUCAUGCUUUUUACUUUCAUUUACAAGUAGGAUAACGUUUACCAACAUUGUAUAGCAUCUGGAUGCCUUUGUCUGACCGUAAUUGCUUGUUGUGAAGGGUUUUUGUGUGCUUAUGUGUGUGUACCCUCAGUUACCAGAAACACUAUUUCCUGCCUUGUAGUGUGUUAUGUUUGGCUAGGUGGUCAUAUCUUGGUGUAAGUAUGUGUAUUUAAAGUUAGCCUUAGUCAGUGGGGCCACUUAUACUUAACAUAUGCCCCAGAGGAAAACUCUAUCCAAUAAAUCCAGUCAUAAAUAAUUUACAUAAAUGCAUGUGGUUGGAAAAAGCCAUGACUGAGGAUCUGCUGUGGGAGCCAAGCUGGUUCAUGUUCACAAAACUAGUCACUGAACUUUAUAAAAAUAUAUUUAUUGGCACUGCUACAGUGUAUUUUCAAGUACUCUGUUCAACCGACAGACAUACUUUGCUCAGUUCGCAUCAAGAUUCUCUGUUCUUAGGCAUCGUGGUUUUGAAGAGGAAAUCCAUCCACAAACGAUUUAACUGCUCCCUGGCUUUUGGUGAUGGAAUAGCAUGUUUACAAUGGAAUAUGGCAGCUAAAGAAGUGCUUUGCUGAGCACAUCAUCCAAAGCAAACUUCAGAAAGCCCUAAGAACAGUAACAGGAUCCAUCAAGCAAAGCACAUGGUAUACACAUCACCUGUAUUCAUUAAUACAAUUAUCCAAUCAUCCAGUCAUGUGACCGCAGCACAGUACACAAAAUCCAGCUGAUACAGGUCAAGAACAU